AUGCUGACGGUGGCUCCCGCCUCCCCGCAGAAGCGCAAGCUGCUGCCCGAGGCCGUGCUGCAGGAGCUGCAGGAGCUGCAGGAGCUGCAGGAUGUGUCCGCGCGGCCCGCUGAGCAGGCUGCAGCAGAUGACCCAGUUACUCCAGGUGAAGAACUUGAUGCUGAGGCUGUACAGCUGGAUGAAGACCAAGUCGAAGUGCAGGAGAAGAAAGGCAAGAAGAGCAAGGGUGCCAGGACAAAAGGGAACUACAUGGCUGUGUGCUUGAAAGACCACAGUGUAACAGGCCUCCACCAGCAGCUCGCCAAAGACUUCCUAAACGCUCAGCUCUAUGGGCCACACACCAACCGGGUACAGGCAAAUGAGUUUUUUUCCCUUGCAAACAAGAAAGCCCCAGUCAAAAAAGCUGCAGUUCAGUUUGUGGACAAGUCUUGGGGGCAAGAUAAAAAGGAAAAAGCGGCAAGAUUUAAGAAACGUUGGCUGGCAACACAGUUCAAAAAUGGAGUCUGAAGACAGCUUUUCCAGAAGAUGCUGCUAAGGACUUUUACACAACACAGGUGUUCUUUCCCCCUUCAUCAUCACUUUGCUUUCAGCUCCAGGCACUGAGCUGUGCCUGCUCAGACUGCCCCAUUCUCUCCCCCUUUCAGAAGUUCUUGGGGAAGCUACAGAGCAGCCAGGCCAGUGUUGUAGAACAGCUGGUGCUAGGACCAGGCUUGCUGAGCUGCCUCCAUGAGGCAAUACCUUUGCAGAGAAUAAAGAUGAGCACUGUUGUACCUACUGUUGUGAUGCUGCAUUCCUUACAGCAGGCAGUUGUUCCUGCUGCUUCAAUGCCUUGUGGCUCUGAGGAAAGGCUGUACCCUAACAGCAGAACCAUUAAAUCAGCUCCCACAGCAGGAC